AUGUCAGCAUCAGAUACUUCCCUGCAUCACGCCAACAGCAACAGCAAAAUCACACUAAACGUUGCCAUUUGUCAAUGCGAUAUAAAAUUCAAACAAAUAGACAUUAACAAGGAACACAUUUCACACAUGCUUUCUCCACUCGAUUCGAAAUUAAUUGAUUUUCUCGUCUUUCCAGAAAUGACACUCUCUGGCUAUGUUUUCAAAGAUAGGGAGGAUAUCUUUCCAUUCUGUGAGAGAUCUGGUCCUGGUGGAGAGUAUUUCGAAUAUGGACUUGCACUUGCCAAGAAAUUCAAUUGCACUGUUUUUUUGGGAUUUCCAGAAAAGGAAUUGAUUCAAGAUGGAAAGGAUGAGCUAUCCAAUUGUAAAUUGUAUAAUUCAAUGUAUGUGAUUUCACAUAAUGGUAAUUAUGUGACCUACAGAAAACAUUUCCUUUUUGAGGCGGAUACUGUGUGGGCAGAGGAAGGUGAUACAUUCAAAGCAUUUGAUUAUUCCUUGAAUGAGCGUUGCAUUCUCACACACGACACUUCUACCAUGGAUAAACCAACAGGAAUGGAUAGAGAAAAUAUUCGAAUUGGUGUUGGAAUUUGUAUGGAUAUUGACAAUGGAACAAAUUAUUGCACUGACAUUAAUUUGAGAGAAUUGACCACUUUCCAUAAGGAAAUUGGAUCUGAUGUAUUGGUAUUCAUGUGUAAUUGGUUUUCAACUGAUUGUCUCGAGUAUUGGUUGGAUAGAUUACAACCCAUGAUUUCUACCAAAGAGCAAUUUCCAUAUUUUGUGGCUUGCAAUCGAAUUGGAAAUGAAUGUGGAAUUGAUUUUUGUGGAAUGAGUUGUGUUUAUAAUUUGAGUCAUGAAAUGCAACCAAGUAAUGCUUUGGUAACUAGUUUACCACAAUCAGAGGAAGCUGUCAAACUUGUUAGCAUUGUCUUGAAUUUGUAAUCUAAAUUGAGAU